AUGCUGAAACCCGUCGCGCCCGAAGAUAAUAUUGAUUUGACGGUGCUGGAGUUCCUUCCCGAGGCGCUGGCUGAGAUCGAGGGAGCUUAUGAGACAGUCACCAGGCGCGAUGGCGCUCAGCGUGCUCGCCGUCAAACACCGACGCCGAAUAACAUCGUCGAUGCUCAUGCCCAUGUCGUCCCUGCUUGGUACAAGAAUCUAUACCCUUCAAUCGGCGGGCUCCCAGUCCCUGAUUGGACGAUGGACGACCAGCUCGCCUUCAUGGCAGGCCAGGGUAUCGAGCGCGCUAUCUUCGCAUUCUCGACGCCCGGUCCAAACGUCUUCGUUGGCCGGAAGGCUCGCACGAUAGCGCUUGCGCGCCUAUUGAACGAACAAGCUGCCGCGUACUGCCGCGCUUUCCCCGAUAGGUUCAAUUUCUAUGCCCAGGUUCCCCUUCCCUACACUCAAGAAGCGCUUCGCGAGGCGCAAUAUGCGAUCAAUCAUCUUGGGGCUGUGGGCAUUUGGGUCCAGUCGAAUAUCGAGGGCACAUACUUGGGGCACCCGUCCUUCAAGAGUUUCUUUGCGACGAUCAACUCAUGGGCUGGUCGUCAAAUCGUUUACAUCCACCCCGCCGUCCCCGUUAUUAAAGUCGGAAACAGACUAAUCGAUGCCAAUCCCACGCCUUACAUUACAGGAAGAAUUGAAUUCUACUUCGAGACAGCUCGUACUCUGAUGGAUUUGACUCUUACGCAAACGAUUCAUAACUUCACGAACAUCCAUUAUGUUAUUCCGCACGUCGGUGGCGCGUAUCCUUCUACGAUGGACCGUAUCCUCAAGUCAUUCCCGGAUAUCUACGAUUCCACCUUCCAGAUCUACUCAACACGCUUUUGGUGGGACUCCGCUGGUCCCACUUAUCACCACCAAGUAGCUGGUCUUCUAGGAUAUAACAUUCCGAAGAGCCAGCUCUUGUACGGAACAGAUUUUCCAUAUGCGCCGCUUGCCCCUCAAGCGGGCUCACUCCUCGCUGUCAAGAAUUCUCCCCUGUUCACAGCUGAGGAGAAGACUGCCAUCUUCCGAACUAACGCGGAAAACCUAUUCGGUGACAAGAUUAAUUGUAAGAAAAUACCAUCCCAAAUUUGGUUUUCCAGCUCUUUACAUAAACUGAUUUUUUAUAACAUGGAAUACAGGACGAAUGCCAUGAUCCAGACAGGGCUUAUCCAAAAUGCACACGCAGAUCUUGUGACGGAUGCUGCGUACGACUUCUAUGGCCUCCGUCUUGCAACUUGCAGCCUGGAUCAACGCAUAAAGGUCUGGCAACUUGACGAAAACAACUCUUGGAGCGUGGAAGACGAUUGGAAGGCUCACGAUGCUGCCGUCUCGAAGUUGAGUUGGGCACACCCCGAAUUCGGGACAAUACUCGCGUCCGCCUCGUUCGACCGCACGGUCAAAAUAUGGGAACAAGUGUCCGCAGGCCAGGCAGAGCCACAGCAAACAGUCAACGGGUCGGGAAGUCAUCCCGCGUCAGCCACUUCGCGUUGGGUGGAGAAGGCUGUAUUGUCGGAUGCGAAGGGAACAGUACGCGCAGUGGAGUUUGCUCCUCAUCACUUCGGGUUGAAGCUGGCGACGAUCGCGACGGACAACAUGCUACGGAUAUACGAAUGCAUCGAGCAACCCGGUUCCUCUUCCUGGCAACUUACUGAAGAGCUCGACGUGCAAAGCAUAGCUCCUGGUCCUUCUCCAGGACAUGUCUCCCGAGCACAUACCCUCGCACUUGCUACUCCGACCCAGACACACGCCACGCUCGACGGUGCCUCUGCCUCACUCGUUGCACAAGCUUUGCAACAACAAGGCCUGCAGCAAAGUACGAGCUCGUCACAGCGCCAAGGACUGGGCAACCGUGAAGCUGACGGGGGCUGGUGUAUUUCGUGGUGUAAGGACAAGUUCUGGGGAGAGGUCAUCGCAGCUGGGUGCGGAACAUCCGGGACCGUGAAGAUCAUACAUAUAAACGCCCGACGGUCGACGACUCUUCUCAUUUUGUCACCAACUGGCGCUACUUCUGGGUCUCAAUCGGCCACCACAGGACCUACAGACACUUUGACAACCACCGCUACUUCCUCAACGCCAACCUCUGCCAUCACCUCGGUAGCAUGGGCACCAUCCUGUGGGAGAUCCUACCACCUCGUCGCGACAGGUGGCCGCGAUGGACACGUGAGGAUAUGGAAAGUCAAGCCUGGGGUAGACGACCUGGACCUGGACGGGCCUGAACGAGGAGACAGUGACGAAGAAGCGAAAUGGACCGCAGUUGCAGUUGCAGAUUUCGAUCAACACAAGUCGGCCGUCGGGAGAGUAGAAUGGAAUAUCACUGGCACCAUUCUAUCGUCCGCUGGGAAUGAUGGACGUAUUCGACUAUGGAAGGCAACGUCUGGCAACGUCUGGAGAUCAGCUGGAAGUGUUGGUGUAGAACAGACGGAAGAGCCUAGUCAACCAGAGAGUAAGGACGUUGAUAUGGAGGCUUGA